GUUUCAGUCUUCAAAAUUUGCAGCGUCUGAGUUUUGACACGACAUCCAACCAACUGGUUUUUCCCCCCCUCAAUCAUCCUUCUUUUCGCUUCCUUUGCACACCUUCAAAACAAGAACAACACACACAAACAUGUCAGCGACUGGCGCGAGUGGAAGUGGCGGGGAUGGGAGCAAGCCGCUGCCGCGCUGGCUGGCCGGGUUUAGCGUUGCGUCGUUUGUCGGCGGGAUGGCCUUCUCGCGGCUGACGAUGCGCGUUGCAGCGGGCGUCGCUGUGGGCACGCUCAUCGGAAUGGUCAUUGAGCAGGAGUACGGCAUGCCCGACGUCAAGGCCAUGCACAACAAGAUUGCCAAGGACGCCCGAAUCUUCCUCCAGCCAGCCAUCGACCACAUUGACGACCUCGUCCGCACAAACUCAGACCGCGUCGAAGAAGCGCGCCGCCCUGAUCGCCGAGACCGAUAGCCAAAAAACGAAAAAAAAUGUGAAUGGAGGCACUUUGUUGUAUUGGUUGCGGACUUGGCCUCAAUAAAACAGCCAAAAGUUAAAGCUUGUACAGCCAAAAUGCUGUGUACCCCCUCGUCAUUUUGUGACAGUGUAUCUUACUGGACUCGAGUACAAGUCGCAAAGGAGCAAAGUUAGGCGCAGGCUGGAUGGAUGCUUGAUUUGGAGAUGGAGAAUGGUCAUUGGAACAGAUUGAAAGUGAUGUUUUGAGUAUGUAACAGUAGAAUAAAUGCGAGUGUCCUGCC